CGAACUCGGUGUCAAUGCCUUGGCAUCAAGCACGUCAACCAAAGAAAUCCGCCGCUUUAUCUGCCACCUUACAAACUGUCGCCAAACUCAAUCUCACUCCUUCCGUUCACAAAAGCAAAUCUAACCCAGCCUCGAACCACUCGAAAAUUUGACGCUUUAAACGCGCGAGAGAUAUAUAUGAGAGUGAGGUACGGAACCAGCCCUGGGGUUCCCCGCAUUUCUGUACCUCCGGCGCUCUGAGCGAGCGUAGUUUUUUGCUCUUUUCUUAUUUAGACAAGAAAGGGCCCGAUUGAGAUUCAGCUGAAGAACAAGAAUUUGAACCAUUUGGGAGGGCCUGAGAGCGGUUGAGCAUGAUGGAGAAAGAACUGGAGCUUCCGGAUCAGGGACUCGUGAGGACUUUGAAGGAUUUGUUUGCCGGAGCUGCUGGAGGCGUAGCGCAGGUGCUUUUGGGACAACCAUUUGACAUCGUCAAAGUCAGAUUACAGACAACUCAGCAGUAUUCAAGUGCUCUGGAUGCAGCAACGAAGAUCUACAAACACGAAGGACCACUUGCAUUCUACAAAGGCACCUUAACACCACUAGUCGGAAUUGGCGCUUGCGUAUCAGUUCAAUUCGGAGCAUUUCACUACGCACGCCGAGCUCUCGAAGCCCAAAACACGGAGAAACACGGCCGCCAUGAACUAUCUUACGCACAGUAUUACGCCGCGGGUGCUUUUGCUGGUAUAUCGAAUACGUUCUUGUCCAGUCCGAUCGAGCAUAUCCGUAUACGGCUGCAAACCCAACCACAUGGAGUGAAUCGACUGUAUAGUGGACCUAUGGACUGCGUGAAGAAGCUCUCAGCCCAUGAAGGCGUCUUCAAAGGCGUCUACCGUGGAUCAGCAGUGACGCUUCUCCGUGAAGCACAAGCCUACGGUGUCUGGUUCCUGACAUUCGAGUAUCUGAUGAAUGCGGACGCCCAGCGGAACAAGAUUAAGCGCGAAGAAGUCAGCACCCUCAAAGUUGCCUUGUACGGAGGUCUUGCCGGUGAAGCCUUAUGGAUUGCAAGUUAUCCGUUUGAUGUAGUGAAGAGCAAGAUGCAGAGCGAUGGAUUUGGAGGAGGUCAGAAGUACAAGAGUAUGAGGGAUUGCUUUAGACAGACGUGGAGAGCGGAAGGUUUGGGUGGGUUUUGGAGAGGUAUUGGCCCGACGUUGUUGAGGGCUAUGCCUGUCAGUGCGGGCACGUUUGCUACCGUCGAGAUGACUAUGAGGUUAAUCAGUUAAGAGAGAGGAAUCAGCCAACUUAGAAGCAAACAACAAGGGCGUAGGACUAUGGGAUAAUUCAAAGAGGUAUUACCUAAGACUCGGGCAUUAUUCAACAGUUUCGUGGAACGGCCCGUGAAUGGGGGAAAUAAGUUUACCCAUUUCUAGAGAUUUAAUUCAACACGCGGAGGAGUUUUCGAACUUUUCGUAGGGAAUAGAUUUUGGUCGCUAAG